AUGGGUAGGAUUCCAUGUUGUGAAAAGGAGAAUGUGAAGAGAGGACAAUGGACUCCUGAAGAAGACAACAAACUGGCUUCUUACAUUGCUCAACAUGGUACUCGCAAUUGGCGUCUCAUCCCUAAAAACGCUGGAUUGCAGAGAUGUGGGAAGAGUUGUAGACUACGAUGGACAAACUAUUUGCGUCCUGACCUGAAACAUGGACAGUUUUCAGACGCUGAAGAACAUGUCAUUGUCAAGUUUCACUCUGUUCUUGGUAACCGGUGGUCAUUGAUUGCUGCGCAGCUUCCUGGUCGAACAGACAACGACGUGAAAAACUAUUGGAACACGAAGCUGAAGAAAAAGUUGUCGGGAAUGGGAAUAGAUCCCGUGACUCACAAGCCUUUCUCACACCUAAUGGCAGAGAUCACCACUACACUCAACCCUCCGCAAGUCUCUCACCUCGCUGAAGCUGCCCUCGGUUGUUUCAAGGACGAGAUGCUUCACUUGCUCACCAAGAAACGUGUUGGCCUAAACCAAAUCAACUUCUCAAGCCCUAACCCUAACCAUAACCCUAACAACUUUAACCAAAAUGUUGAUAACGAAGCUGGUAAGAUGAAACUGGAUAAUGGGAAUGGGAUAAUGAAGCUAUGGGACAUGGGAAAUGGAUUCUCGUAUGGAUCAUCUUCCUCGUCCUUUGGGAAUGAUGAAAGGCAUGAGGGAUCAGCGUCUCCUGCGGUUGCGGCGUGGAAGGGUCACGGCGAUAUACGUACAUCAGUGGCUGAAACGGCGGCAGCGGAGGAGGAAGAGAAGAGGAAGCUGAAGGGAGAAGUGAUGGAUCAAGAGGAGAUCGGAUCUGAAGGAGGAAGAGGAGAUGGAAUGAUGAUGAUGAGGAGACAUCAUGAUCAACGUCAAGAACGUGCGUUUAGUGUUGAUGAUAAUGACUUGUGGGAUUUACAAGCUGAUGAUCUCAUUAAUCAUAUGGUUUGA